CGCACCCGGCAGCCGGGCGCUGUGGUUUCUGGGCCCCCCUGUGAAAGCCGACSCUACCCAGCAUACCGCGCGCGUGCCCACCUUAGGCGGAUGUUCAGUGGGCGGCGAAUGCCUGCUGGGGGUCUGCAAGGGCAUUUGAGGGACCCGGGUCUAGUGCAGAGAGACUCGAGAGGCUUGGAUAACCAGCCGAGGUCAUGGAACCUUAGUGAUUUUGAUGUAUGAAGCACUUUGAAAAGUACUUGUGUGACUGGAUUUGUGUUCUUACACCUCAACCAUUGCCAUAUAAUUGUUCCUGAGGUACUUCUUCUAUCUCAGGAGGAGAAUAAAAACUACGUAAGCAGAGCCAGACUCCUCCUAGAAACCUAUCUUACAUCAGCCACCCUCAGAGUUCACAUUUACCAACCAAGAGAAGGUGAAAAUGAGCAACCGACGGAAACGCGCUCUUCCAGUGAAGGUAGAUGAAGAAAAGCAGCAGCAGCUUCGUUGGAACAUGCAUGAGGACAGAAGGAAUGAACCACUCACCUUAACUGAUGAUGAGCAGCCCUGCCCAGGUGCAGAAUCCUCUCUUGCUGAUUGCAUCAUUCUGGAUGAAAGCCCACAGGAAGAAGUGGUUUACAGAGACAAGAAGAGGUGUUCACAGUCUGGGAGUGUCUUGAAACUGACURAAAAAGAAGAAACCAUUGGUAUUUUUUCCUCCUCUUCUGUAAAGUUGAGUAUUGUGAUUUCUCCCUAUCAUUUUGAUAAUUCUUGGAAAGCAUUUCUGGGAGAAGUAACUCUUAAGCUUCUUCCUGAACAAAAUUUAAUUGAAAAUUUUUCUGAAAGGAGUUUUACAUUGAUGAGUUCAGAGUUAAGCAAUGAGUUCCUGAUCUAUGUUCAUUCAGAAUGUGAGGAGGUAAAGAAACAAGAAAAAGGCCUCAAAGAAUCAAUCAACAUUUGUGACAAAAGUAUUCGAGUACAAUCAUCCUUCACUGGUGAACUGUUAGAAGAUUUGGGAUGGCUGCAAAAGAAGAGAAGAAUAAAACUUUACCAAAGACCAGAAGGAAAUCACAUUAUCAAGGUUGGAAUUUAUAUUCUGGAAGCUGGCCUAGCAAAAUUAGACUUUUUGAGUGAUGCAAAUUCAAGAAUGAAAAAGUUUAAUCAACUCAUGAAGAGAGUGAUGGAAAAGUUAUACAAUUUUAUUAUUCCAGAUGUGUUAGAAGAAGAUGAUGAAGAUUCAGAGAGUGAGCCAGAGGGACAGGACAUCGAUGAGCUCUAUCACUUUGUGAAGCAAGCACAUCAGCAAGAAGCACUGUCUGUACAAGUGGAUGUCCAGCAUCCUGCAUUAAUCCCUGUGUUGAGACCCUACCAGAGAGAGGCUGUCAACUGGAUGCUACAACAAGAGCAUUUCAGAAGCACUCCUACUGGUGAUAGUUCCCUGCACUACUUAUGGCGAGAGAUUGUUACAUCUGAUGGUUUGAAACUCUUCUAUAAUCCCUACACAGGCUGCAUCAUCCGUGAGUACCCACAUUCUGGGCCACAGUUGCUUGGUGGAAUCUUAGCAGAUGAGAUGGGUCUUGGAAAGACAGUGGAGGUUUUGGCUCUUAUUCUGACGCAUACUAGACAAGAUGUCAAACAAGAUGCUCUCACUCUUCCUGAGGGAAAAGUGGUGAAUUAUUUCAUCCCAUCACAUUGUUUUGGAGGAAAAGUAAAAACCAUGGAAACCCAGAAUAUGGAAUUUGAACCAAAAGAAAAAGUUCAUUGCCCCCCUACGCGGGUAAUGAUCCUGACAGCUGUGAAAGAAAUGAAUGGGAAAAAAGGAGUUUCAAUCCUUUCUAUCUACAAGUAUGUCAGUUCUAUAUAUAGAUAUGAUGUUCAGCGAAACAGAAGUCUUCUGAAACGGAUGCUGAAGUGUUUAAUUUUUGAAGGUCUUGUGAAACAGAUUAAAGGCCAUGGUUUCUCUGGGACUUUUACAUUGGGAAAGAAUUACAAGGAAGAGGACAUAUGUGAUAAAACAAAAAAACAGACAGUAGGAAGUCCAAGGAAACUUCAGAAAGAAUCCAGGAAAUCAGGAAACAAGGACACAGAUUCUGAAUACUUGCCAUCUAACACCUCUGAUGAUGAUGAUGAUCCUUACUAUUAUUAUUAUAAAACCAGGAAAAAUCGUACUAAAUUGAGGAAAAAGCCUAUUCCAUCAAAAAAAGAAAAAAGUCAGCUUUACGUCAAUCCUGAUUCACAAAGUCACCGUCCAGCCUCUAGUGAAUCUGUAAUUACUGAUAUUACCAUGUCUGAAAGUACAUGUGUAUCCGAAGUCAAGCAAGAACAAGAAACAGAGGACCAUGCUCAAUCUCUGAACCUUACUGAUGAGAUGCCACAUUCUAAUAUUGUGAUUCCCUAUAAUACCUCUGAUUAUCGCUUUGAGUGCAUCUGUGGUGAACUUGAUGAGAUAGACCAUAAACCUCGUGUGCAGUGCCUGAAAUGCCACCUGUGGCAACACGCAAAAUGUGUGAAUUAUGAAGAGAAGAAUGUAAAGAUUAAGCCGUUUUACUGCCCCCACUGCCUUGUUGCAAUGGAUCCAGUAUCAACAAGGGCAACUCUGAUCAUUUCUCCAAGUUCCAUCUGUCACCAGUGGGUGGAAGAGAUAAACCGGCAUGUGAGGUCAUCAUCUCUUCGAGUCUUGGUAUAUCAAGGAGUGAAGAAACAUGGCUUUUUACAACCUCAUUUUUUGGCAGAGCAGGAUAUAGUUAUCAUUACCUAUGAUGUUCUUCGUUCAGAACUAAACUAUGUUGAUAUCCCACAUAGCAAUAGUGAGGAUGGGCGUCGCCUACGGAACCAGAAACGCUAUAUGGCCAUUCCCAGCCCCCUAGUAGCUGUGGAGUGGUGGAGGAUUUGUCUUGAUGAAGCCCAGAUGGUUGAAUGUCCUGCAGUAAAAGCUGCAGAAAUGGCCCAGCGUUUGAGUGGAAUUAAUCGGUGGUGCAUCAGUGGCACUCCGGUGCAGAGAGGAUUGGAGGAUCUUUUUGGUUUAGUGGUCUUUCUUGGUAUUGAACCUUACUGUGUCAAACACUGGUGGGUUCGCCUCCUCUAUCGUCCUUAUUGCAAGAAGAAUCCUCAGCUCCUCUACAGCUUUAUUGCCAAGAUACUGUGGAGGUCUGCAAAGAAAGAUGUGAUUGACCAAAUCCAGAUACCACCUCAGACCGAAGAAAUACACUGGCUCCACUUUUCUCCAGUGGAAAGACAUUUCUACCACCGUCAGCAUGAAGUGUGCUGCCAGGAUGCAGUGGUAAAACUCAGGAAGAUUUCCGACUGGGCCCUAAAGCUCAGCAGCCUGGACAGAAGGACUGUCACCUCCAUUCUGUAUCCAUUGCUGAGGCUCAGACAGGCCUGCUGCCAUCCACAGGCUGUUCGUGGAGAGUUCUUGCCACUGCAAAAAAGUACGAUGACAAUGGAAGAGCUACUGACAUCUUUGCAGAAGAAAUGUGGAACCGAGUGUGAAGAAGCACAUCGGCAACUAGUUUGUGCCCUCAAUGGCUUAGCGGGCAUCCACAUUAUUAAAGGUGAGUAUGCCUUGGCAGCAGAACUAUACAGAGAAGUGUUGCGUUCGUCYGAGGAACACAAAGGAAAACUCAAAACAGAUUCACUCCAAAGACUUCAUGCUACCCAUAACUUGAUGGAAUUGUUGGUAGCUAAGCACCCAGGAAUACCUCCUACCUUACGAGAUGGAAGGCUUGAAGAAGAGGCCAAACAGCUACGAGAGCAUUAUAUGAGCAAGUGUAAUACAGAAGUUGCCGAAGCCCAGCAAGCUUUACAACCUGUGCAGCAGACCAUACGAGAGCUCCAAAGAAAAAUUCAUUCUAAUUCUCCUUGGUGGCUGAAUGUAAUCCACAGAGCAAUAGAAUUUUCUAUUGACGAGGAACUUGCUCAGCGAGUACGAAAUGAAAUAAACAGCAACUACAAACAACAAACUGGAAAGCUUUCAAUGUCAGAAAAAUUCCAUGACUGCAGAGGUCUUCAGUUCUUACUUACAACCCAAAUGGAAGAGCUGAAUAAAUUCCAGAAACUUGUAAGAGAAGCUGUAAAAAACCUGGAGAAACCUCCAUCUCGAAAUGUCAUUGAGUCUGCAACAAUCUGCCACCUCCGACCAACCAGACUUCCUCUGAACUGUUGUGUCUUUUGUAAGGCUGAUGAAUUGUUCACAGAGUAUGAAUCGAAGCUAUUUUCUAACACAGUCAAAGGUCAGACUGCAAUAUUUGAGGAGAUGAUAGAAGAUGAAGAAGGACUUGUGGAUGAUCGAGUACCUACCACCACCAGAGGUCUUUGGGCAAUAAGUGAGACAGAACGUUCUAUGAAAGCAAUACUAUCCUUUGCAAAAUCACAUAGAUUUGAUGUUGAAUUCAUUGAUGAAGGAAGUACUUCAAUGGAUCUCUUUGAAGCAUGGAAGAAGGAAUAUAAGUUGCUUCAUGAAUAUUGGAUGACUCUAAGGAAUCGUGUAUCCGCUGUUGAUGAACUUGCAAUGGCUACAGAAAGACUAAGAGUUCGAGAUCCUAGAGAGCCAAAACCAAACCCACCAGUUCAUCAUAUCAUUGAACCACAUGAGGUAGAACAAAAUCGCAUUAAACUACUAAAUGAUAAAGCCGUUGCUACAUCACAGCUUCAGAAAAAACUUGGUCAGCUUCUUUACCUAACUAAUUUGGAGAAGUCUCAAGACAAAACAUCAGGAGGUGUUAAUCCAGAACCUUGUCCAAUCUGUGCUCGACAGCUGGGAAARCAGUGGGCAGUACUAACUUGUGGACACUGUUUCUGUAAUGAAUGCAUUUCUAUUAUUAUUGAACAAUACAGCGUGGGGUCUCACAGAAGCUCCAUUAAAUGUGCCAUCUGCCGCCAGAACACAUCUCACAAAGAAAUUUCCUAUGUCUUUACCUCUGAGCAAGCAAGCCAAGAAGAGGACAUCCCUGUGAAGGGCAGCCAUUCUACAAAAGUGGAAGCUGUGGUCAGAACUCUGAUGAAAAUACAGCUUAGAGACCCAGGAGCUAAAGCACUUGUUUUCUCCACGUGGCAAGAUGUAUUAGAUAUUAUUUCAAAAGCUCUCACUGACAACAACAUAGAAUUUGCACAAAUCAGUCGUGUGAAGACAUUUCAGGAGAACCUUUCAGCAUUUAAACGUGAUCCCCAAAUCAAUAUUUUGCUGCUGCCCCUGCAUACAGGUUCUAAUGGAUUAACUAUCAUUGAAGCAACUCAUGUUCUUUUGGUGGAGCCCAUAUUGAACCCUGCCCAUGAGCUUCAGGCCAUAGGGAGGGUGCACCGAAUUGGACAGACAAAACCUACUAUUGUACACAGAUUCUUAAUUAAAGCAACAAUAGAAGAAAGAAUGCAGACAAUGCUGAAAACUGCUGAAAGAAGUCACACGAAUUCAUCAGGAAAGCAUUCCGAGGCCUCUGUCUUGACUGUGGCUGAUCUGGCAGACCUGUUCACCAAAGAAACGGAAGAGCUUGAAUGAACUACAUCUGAUUCAUUCCACAGACUAAUGUAUUAAUAAACUUUUAUAGCUGUAGAGCAAAGUUAUAAGUUUAAACAGUCCAGUAGAUGUCAGUAAACACUGUUCCUAUUUGAAUGAAUUUGUUUCCUUUUUUGAUUUUACAUUGGCCAAGUACUUACUGAGCCCUUUUCAAUGUACUGUUUUCAAAUGGUCUAUAAAGAUUCUUAAUUUUACACUCCUGAUAAAACAUUUAUUUUUGUUCCAAAGACUAUAUCUGUAUCUGAUGAGGCAUGGGAAUUAAGAGAGGUAAUGUGUACUUUUUGAUAUUAUUAAUUGUAAAAAGAGUUGGAAUAAGAGAGAAGUAAACUAGUCUAGUUUUAUAUAACCUGAUAUAUUCAACCAACAUAUAUCUCCUUUUUGAAAGGCCUUUAAUAUCUUAAGCACGUGAUUCACUAAUAUCGUGUCAGUAAUAUUUUAAGUAAAUGCUUAACUAUAAGAACUCCUAGUUAUUUGAAUAACUUUAAAUUAUAACACCAUGAUAACUUUACAGUAAUACAACCCCUAACAGUAAGUUAAUCCUAGGCAAUUAUUUGUUUUCACUGCAUCUUGCUACUAAAAUCAAAACACUGUAAGCUUUUCAUUAAGUUUUUAUAUGUCUUAAGAUUGAUAUAUCUAUAAAUAUUGCACUUUUUAUAAUUUUUGUUCUUUAUAUAGAAAUAUGGCAGGGUUUUUUUUUUUAAUCAUUGUUAUACUGAUGUCUUAGAUUGUUCUCCUUUCCUGUGUUCUUGUGUAACUAGCCAUUUUAGCACUGAUACCUAAAUUUAUGAUAGACUUUGUUAUUUCAUUGUAGUCAUUCUUCCUUAAGGACUAGUAUUCGAUCUUUUGAAUAAGAGAAUCCAUUUUCACAUUAACAAAUAAUUGCAAGUGAUAAAAACUAAGCAUUUCUUCUUUUAUGAAGAAUUAAUGGACUUUGAAAUCACUAAAUUAAGGAAUAGCAUGUUGUAGCUAUUAGACAUAAUAUAAAUGUACUUAUUUUGUUUUCUUCAAGCCUUCCAAGUUUUAAAUGACCCUCAGGACUCAUUAGCUCCUACUUACCUGCCCAGAAAACUGUAAUAGAAAUAUCCCCAGGAUCUUAUUCAUCCAGGAGGCUUUGGUGCUUAGCUAAGGUGCAUUUUCUUACUCUAGGUUUAUAGGGUGACAUAAUGCAGCUGAAGAAAACACACAUUUUUUGGUGCUUAUUCUUCAGUUGAAGAGAGAKAUGCAUUGGUUCUUUUAUAUGAAAUUAAACAGAAUUAUUACUUUGUAGCUCUUUGUACAUAAWAAAGAGCUUUUCUUUAUGCUCGUAUGUUUAAUUUUCCUAGCAGUCCUGUGAAAUGGAUGUUAUUAAUAUUCCUGUUUUAAAGAUAGAGAACUAAGAUUCAGAAAUUGAGAAACUUGCCUAUGACACAUAGCAAAUAAACAGUGGAGGCCAGGCUCCCUGACUCCAAAUCUAAUGUUCUUCCACGAAAUCAUAUAUYGUACUGAGGUUCAGAAGGCCCAUGGCUAUAAUUUAAUAAUGAGACUAUUUCAGCAUUUCUUUUUGUUUCCUGGUAUUCCUUUAUGUGCUGUUUUAGGAAACUGUUUGAUAUGCUACAAAUUUUGUAAAAAAAAAAGGAAAUAUAUAUAUAU